CCUUUUCCCUAUUGUGCCCGGAAGUCCUGCUCGUCGGCUGCUUUUCUGGCCAACUAAGAGCCCUCCCGAUUUACAACAGGGCACGGAAGGGGGUGGAAGGAAGGACAGCUGCGAACGGAGAACCGAGAAGGUGGUUUGUAUCAGUGGGCGUCGGGGGUGGCCUGCAGGAGGUCAGCAUGGGGUUCAUCUUUUCAAAGUCAAUGAAUGAAAAUAUAAAGAGUCAACAGGAAUUCAUGCUCAUGAACUCUAGACUCCAGCUGGAAAGGCAACUUCUGAUGCAAAAUCAAAUGCGAGAGAGGCAGAUGGCUAUGCAAAUUGCUUGGGCAAGAGAAUUCCUCAAGUAUUUUGGGACAUUUUUUGGCCUUGCAGCUGUGGGUCUUACAGCUGGGGCUAUUAAAAAGAAGAAGCCUGGACUUUUCCUUCCAAUGGUUCCUUUAAGCUUUAUACUUGCCUACCAGUAUGAUAUGGGUUAUGGAUCACUUCUUCAAAGAAUGAAAGGUGAAGCAGAGAACAUACUCGACACAGAUUGUACAAUGCUAGAAAUGCCAAAAGGACCGCUCACUUUUGAAGGCAUUGAAAAAGCCAGAAGAGCACAGAGCAAGUUUUUUAUUGAGAGAUAAUUUGCUCACACAGCAGUGCUACAGAGAAAAAGAUGUAUAUUUGUAAAUCAUGUUGCUGACUUAAAUGCUAUGGUCCAGCAGAGCGUGCAUGGAGCCCCUUCAAAAGAGCUAAAAAUCAGCAGGGGACAACUGACUCUGGCCACUCUCCCCCUUACCCCCUCCCCUGCAGCCGAGUAGGUAGAGAGUUUACUUUUUGAUAGAGUCCUGGCUGGUACCUCUAGUGUUCGGAUCAGAGGGAUUACUGUGCAAUAGAACCCUAGCUGGACCUGAGUGAAAAAGUUUUUGAAUUAUUGGAAUUGUCAGAAUACAAUGUGCGAAAUGGAAAUAAAACUGAUUGGUUUUUUUCAUCA